AUGCUCGAAUUAGAGAGUAUCAGUUUAAAUGAAAUUCAUACCUAUGAAACACGUUCUCAGUGAAACAUUAGAGAAUGGAAUCCAAAAUUGAAGUAACUAAAUCUUUAAGUAAAGCUCUGCAGAGUAAGAAUUACAAAAUUAUAGAGUAUGAAUUUCCCGAGAUAGAAUUCGUAGGAGGAUAUGUAGCAAAAAUGAUAAAUGUGAAAGUGACCGUUGAGAAGGAUGGCGUCAAGGAUCUUCUAGAUCUCUUAGUUAAAAGCAGUGUGAACUCAUCAGAAGAUAUGUUCACUGAAGCUUACCUAAACGAGAUAGACGUCUACUCGAAAAUUGUGUCAAAUUUCGACAAAUUCGCCGAAGAACGCGGGGUGGAAAAAUUCAGAAAUCUCCCGGAUUUUUAUGGAACAUCGAUAACAGAUGAUCGUUUUGUCGUGGUAUUGGAGAACUUAGUACCGAAAGGUUUCAAGGUGCGCGAUUUGAAGCCUCUGGAUAUGGACCACUUGAAGCUUCUUCUAGAGGCGUACGCCAAAUGGCAUGCAUUCAGUUUCGCCCUGAAUGAUCAAAAGCCGGAAAUCUUCAGACAGUUGGGGAAACGAAAUAUUGAACUUGAAGAUUGGAAGAUUGCUGAUGCGACUCUUACAGCUUUUGAGGAACAAAUAGAUUACCUACUGAGUUUGUAUGAAAAAAGAGAUAGACCUGAUAUUGUGCGUAAACUUAGAGAAUUAAGAAAGAGUUUUAAAAUUCUUAUGAAGGAAUUUUUGAAGAAUACGAAUGAAGAAUACCUUGUUGUCACUCAUGCAGAUGUUUGGAACAACAAUUUUCUUUUCAAAUAUAAUGAGAAAUUGGAGCCUAUCGAAGUUAAAAUUGUCGAUUGGCAAACUGCAGUUGUUGGAUCUCCAAUGAUCGACAUCGCCCAGCUUUUCUUCUUCUGCUGUUUCAGUCAAGAACUCAAUCACAUGGACGACUUACUGUUGUUUUAUCACAAUACUCUAUCGGAAAAAAUAAAAGAGCUAGGAAGUAACCCCGAAAACUGUUUUCCCCGAGAAGCUUGCUUGAAAGCUUUUAAAAGAUACGCUGCUCUAGGAAUUGGAGGCAUGCCUUUCUUAAUGAGAAUGCAGUUCAAUAAUAUAGAUAUGAGUCAUACGUAUGAUCUUGUCGAGAAUGACAGUGGGAAUUUCAGCUCCAUACUAGGAGAUGGUGUAUCUGACUUGGAAAAAUUCUUUGAACAAGUUGAUGCCAUAUUUGACCUAUGUAUAGAACGUGAUUUACUGUGAAGAUAUGUGCUGAAAAAAUAAAAUUUCUUUUGUUCACUAA